ACACACACACACACCCUAACCAUCAUUCCCUCAUUCUUUCACGUUCAGAUAAACAGAGGACUCUCCGUUCUCCGCUCCACGCGCGGUUCAACAUGGACUUGGUCAAAUUUCUGCUUUUCGUCGCAGUCACCGGCUGCACAGUGAAAGUUUCUCUUCAAGGUCCAAACCAGCACAGAUUAUAUGAUGACCUGAUGGCCAAUUACAGUCCACUGGUGAGACCAGUGUCCAAUGACUCUGAGACACUCACCGUUAAGUUUGGCCUGAGCCUCAUGCAGAUCAUGGACGUGGAUGAGAAGAACCAAGUUUUAACAACCAACAUUUGGCUUCAACUGUAUUGGGAUGAUCAUUACCUCCGCUGGAAUGAAUCGGACUAUCCAGGUGUGAACAAUGUGAGAUUUCCUGACGAUUACAUUUGGAAACCAGACAUCCUGCUCUAUAACAGUGCAGAUGAAAGAUUUGAUGCUACUUUCCAUACCAACAUUUUGGUCAGCUCCUCUGGCACCUGUUCCUACCUACCUCCAGGGAUCUUCAAGAGUACUUGCCGCAUCGAUGUGCGCUGGUUCCCUUUUGAUAUCCAGAGAUGUGACCUGAAGUUUGGCUCCUGGACAUAUGACGGCUGGUCUCUGGACUUAAAGAUGCUGGAUGCAGAUAUCACUGGCUACACGCCAAAUGGAGAGUGGGAUCUUGUUGAGGUUCCAGGACGCAAGAACGAGCGUUUCUACGAAUGCUGUCCGGAGCCGUACCCUGAUGUCACCUUCACCGUGGUGAUGCGGAGACGGACCCUCUACUAUGGCCUCAAUCUGCUCAUCCCAUGUGUCCUGAUCUCCACUCUGGCUCUGCUCGUCUUUCUUCUGCCUGCUGACUCUGGGGAGAAGAUCUCACUGGGCAUUACAGUCCUGCUCUCCCUGACUGUCUUCAUGCUGCUAGUCGCAGAGAUUAUGCCUGCCACAUCAGACUCUGUGCCCUUAAUAGCUCAGUACUUUGCCACUACCAUGGUCAUCGUUGGUCUCUCAGUAAUUGCUACAGUUCUGGUCUUGCAGUAUCACCACCACGACCCUGAUGGAGGCAAGAUGCCGAAGUGGACCCGUGUGAUCCUGCUGAACUGGUGCGCCUGGUUCCUGCGCAUGAAGCGCCCAGGUGAGGAGCGAGUGCGUUCAGCCUGCGACAAUAAUGCUCCACGGAGCAGCCUGACCAGCAUGGAGCUCAAUGCUAGCACCUCCGCCUCCCAGUCCACCAAUGGCAACAUGCUCUAUGUUGGUGUCCGCGGCCUGGAGAGCAUUCCCUACUCCACAGCUGCCACCUCGCCUGACUCCGGGGUCCUGUGUGGACGCCUGGGUGUACGAGCAGGUGAGGAAGAGCUGCUUCUCCCCACAGCUCAUAGCUCCUCGUUGGGGAAAGUUGAACCGGAAAUAGCCAAGAUUCUGGACGAGGUGCGUUACAUUGCCAAACGCUUCCGUGUCCAAGACGAGGAUAUCUCAGUGUGCAAUGAGUGGAAAUUUGCUGCGGCUGUUAUUGAUAGGCUUUGUCUUAUGGCUUUCUCGCUCUUCACCAUCCUCUGCACCAUUGGGAUCCUCAUGUCAGCUCCUAACUUUGUUGAGGCAAUUUCCAAAGAUUUUUUCAACUGAGGACUUUAUCAGGAAAUAAAUGCUUAAUUGAAAACAAAAGUCUAUUGUCAAUCAUACUACACCAAUCACAGAGUAAAGAUUUGUAAACUCAUGAGCCAGUUGUUGGGAUACAGUUAAAUUGGCUAGUGUGUAUGAGACUUGUGUAUUACCAAACAAUAAUUCAGUAAUGUAGGCAAAAUGUAUGUAAUGCAUAAAUGAUUAUAUGCCUUACACUACAGUGAUGAAAAUGACCAGCUUUUGCCUUUUAUAUGACACAACAUUAUGGUAUAUUAAAAGUUAACAUUUUAACCCAUUUACCCCCUUGAGUGGUUUCAAAGUAACUCUGAAAAAUGCUGAUAUUGCAAAGCAUUAGUUUAAAACAAGGAAUGCAACUGUGGUUUGUUAUGUGAUGUUACCUGUGUAUCAUUCAUUACAAUGUAUCUAUUUGAAGACCCUCACUAAAAUAUAUUACAUAUAUGAGACGUAAAAGCUACAGUAUCUUAUAUUGAAAUGAAUUUGUUGGAUCACACGAAUACUCAUAUAUCCAAAACAAUUUUGUGAUGUUUUAAAUUGCCUUUGUAUGAGCAUAACCACCUCAGUUUAAUCAUGUUCUCGUUUAUUGUUUCUUACUUAUUUUUAAGAAAACAUUUUGUGAUAAUUAAAGCAUUACAAUUAAAUGAAAAUAGUUUGUUUCUAUGUUGGUUCAUUUCAAUUUAUUUUGUUUUUGUCCAGUAAACAGUUGUCCUGUGAUAUUUCACUAAUAAAUGUGUUUUUUUUU